AUGGCGAAUGAUAAUAAUAACUUCUAUCAGAAAAAUGACAUGAAUAGAUUGGGGAUAUUCAAGGAAUUAGGAUAUAUAUCAAUUGGCGAUGAAUACAAAGAUAAUAGAGCCUUGAACUUCAACCAGGCAGCUGGCAAGGGCAAACAAAUGGUGGUCCAGGGCGCCAAAACUAAAGCCUCCACACAGGACGGAUACUUCGAUAAACAUUUUUCGCGUAUAAUGGAAGGCGAGGCAUAUUCAAACCCAGCUAAGAUAACAGCUAGGGCUCAGCUAGCAGCCGCUAAGCUAGGCCAAGCAGCUACUUCAUCAGCUACUAGCAGUAGAGCGGCUGCUUCAGCGACUGUAGCUGCUACCACUGCUACUGUGGUCGAAGAAAAGCAGACGGGACCAAAGAAAAGACCGUUCAUUCCAAGUAGCGGUGAAAAGAAACCUUCAGGUUCAGGAAGUUACUAUGGAUGUCUAUCCGAGCCAGUAGAAGCAUUCAGUUCUUUGUUGAAACCUAAAGACAAAGAAAAAGAUGCUAAGCUCUCUAAAUUUGGAACCUUCAGGACAAAUUUAGCACCCCGACCAUACUUCGACGAGAACCCGUACAAAAACGAACAGGAAACAUCGAACCAAUCUCGACGACAAUUGAACAUCAUGACGUCAUCGAACUCUAAUUCGUCAUCGUCUACGUCACAACAUGGCCGACAGAAAGAUGGCGGUGGCACCGCUAACAAUGGUGAAGCCAUUUUGAAGCCUUUUAAGCCGUCUUCGCCUGCUAAAUUGGGCUCGGAGGAUUCAGAGGGUGAAAAGCGUAAAGGGGCAAAGAAAAAAUCGGCCAAAACAUUUUUUCCAAAUCCUGGACCGAAAAAAGACUUCAACCUAAUUUAUAGCUGA